AGUCUACCCUUUUUUUCUUCCAGUUUUAAAAACUGUGUGCACUGUGUAGUUGCCAAAGAACUGAACUUUCUUUGUCUUCUUUAGUUGAUUCUUGAUUUUUUGAUUAACCACCAUUCAUAAACUUCAAUUCCCAAUCAUGGAUGAGCAGAACAUGUUUCCCAAUGAUGGAAUCACAAUGCCAUACGGAAUUGGAAUUCAGGGCAGCGACUUGUUCGGUUCAAGCUGGCAGAAUCCGGCGGAUCCGAAUGACCCGUUCCGGUCGGCGUUGAGCUCCAUGGUCUCGUCUCCGGCGGCGUCCAACGCCGGCGGAGGAGGAGGUAACAGUUCCGUCAGGGAUCAGGUGUUUGUGCUCAGGGAGCUGAUUGGCAGGCUGGGAAGCUACGACAACUCCUCCGGCGAGAUUUCACCGGUUGGUUGCGCUCCCACCGCCGGCUAUCGUUCCCCUCCCAAGCUGAAUCUCUCGUCAAUUGCGGAUCAUCAGAUCAGGGCCACCGCUUUCCCCAUUCAACCCGAAAUCUCGCAGCACUUCUCCUCGGAUCCGGGUUUUGCUGGGACAGUUUCUUGUUUUUCCGGCAAGGGUUUGAUGGAUUCCGGCAAGCAGCCGGUCAAGAAGCCCACUCCAGAAAGCUCAGAAUUGGGUAAUUCCAGGGAGAACUCCACAGUCUCGGAGCAGAUUCCGUCUGGGGAAAUCUGCAAAAAUGACACAAAUCCAAGAAAGAGGAAAGCUGCUGCAAAGGGGAAAGCCAAAGAAACAAGAACACCAUCUCCCAAUGCGGCAGCAUCGGAGAACAAAGAAACCUUAAAUAAUCCCAAAAGAGCAAAACCAGAUGAGCAAAAACUGGGAAAAGAUAAGGCUAAUAAUCAUCCAAAGGCUGCAGAACCUUUGAAAGACUAUAUUCAUGUGAGAGCCAGAAGGGGUCAAGCAACUGAUGCCCAUAGCCUUGCAGAGAGAGUCAGAAGAGAAAAGAUCAGUGAAAGAAUGAAGCUUUUGCAAGAUCUUGUCCCAGGCUGCAAUAAGGUGACUGGAAAAGCUGUCAUGUUAGAUGAAAUCAUAAACUAUGUGCAAUCCUUGCAACGGCAAGUUGAGUUCCUAUCAAUGAAGCUAGCCACAGUAAAUCCAAGAAUGGAGUUCAACAUGGAAGCUCUUCUCCCCAAGGAUUUGUACCAAUAUCCCGGAGCAAUGGCACACGACAUUUUUCCAUCAGUAGAUGCCACCGGAUCGCCAAUCCCGUUCUCUUUUCAACCUCAGCAUUCGCUCCUUCAUAAACGACUAGACGCCCCUUUCCCCAUUAACAACAGCAGUAGAGACCAACUCCAUCCUUCUAUGGACACAUUUCUUGAUCCUUCUUCUCAGGUGCCAGCAUUCUUUGAGGAUGAUCUAAGCAGUGUUGUCCAGAUGGGUUUUGGCCAAAACCAGACACUUAAUUUUCAUGGAUCUUUGGGUACUUGUGAAAUGAAAGCUGAGCUAUGAGAUAAAGAGGCACCAUUUAAUAAGCCCCAAGUAGGAGAGGCUUUUGUAUAUGUACAGAAGACAUGUCAGUUUCAACAGGGAAAAAUCUGGAUUCAAGAAGAAAAAAGUUCACAUCUUUUUUUGAUUUACAGCCAUUCUUGUUCCACAAUUAAUUUACUACUGUAGUACCCAAUUAGACAGCUGGUUAUGGUUUUAUUCUUACUUACCUUUUUUUUCUCUUCUACAUAAAAAAGUUGGAGAAGAUAUAAAGAUCAUAUAUUGUUGUGACUUGUGAUAAUUCCAGAGUCACAUGUAACAUAUUGUAGGUAUAUGACAAGAUUGUGUGUCCAAUGGGUUGAUGAUAAUGGAAGAAUGUAUGUAACUCAUUAAUUUUCACACCUCGUUUGGUUUAUUUAUUUGUUUUUCUUCUCUUCAAAGUUAUUUUUUUUCAAAUCUCUUUGAGUUUCUUUGAAGAACAAAUAAUUUACAGGGACAAAU